AUGAAGUAUUCAUGGCAAGUUGCAUGCGAAGUUUUGAGACUAAAACCACCAGUACAUGGGGCAUUCAAAGAAGCUAUCACUGACUUCAACUAUGCAGGAUAUACAAUUCCAAAAGGAUGGAAGAUUCAUUGGAUCGCACACGCCACACACAAAAACCCUGAAUACUUUCCUGACCCUGAUAAGUUUGAUCCAUCAAGAUUUCAAGGUGAUGGUCCAGCUUCUUACACUUUUGUCCCAUUUGGGGGUGGAGCACAUAUGUGCCCUGGAACCGAGUAUGCAAGACUUGCAAUACUCAUUUUUCUGCAUAAUGUGGUGAACAAGUAUAGAUGGGAAAAACAAAUUCCUGAUGAGAAAGUACUACAUUAUCCAUACACAAGACCGGCUCAUGGACUUCCAGUUCACCUUUAUCCUCACAAGCCUUAA